CUUCUCACCCACUCGAUUUUUUGGGCAAGCGCGGAAAGUGCGCGCGUUUAUUUCUGUGCUUCUAAAUUAUGGAUCUUAUGAGGUUGAGUGCUCGAGACAUUUCGAGCAAGUGUCUUGACACCUUCCAACAAUGUUUGACUUUCCGCUCGACAAACCCCGGUCUCCCCAGUCAAGAAACGUCUCGUGAUGAGCGGUUUGAGUACCGCUUGGCCGACUUCAAUCUAUGGAUCGACGGUAUUGGCGCAUUAGCUCCUUCAAAAGCCUCACUCGAUUCCAGGCCAAAUGAGCGACAGAUUGAUCUUUCUUUAGUCAAAGGAAACCUUAUCAUGCUGUUUCAAUCACUGGAAGACUGUCUGAAUCUCCUUACAACUAACCAACCGCUUGAAGAUGCUCUGUUAGAUAUCGAUUCGGCUUUGGAAAGUCUCGUCUCACUUUCAUUAGCUAUUCGUAGGACAGGACGGCGGUCACGACUUCACAAAGCAGACCGUCUGUUCAAGCCAGAAGAACACGCUGAGUUGAGGAAACACUUGGAAGCCAUCAUUCUUCUUCGCCCCGGGCCUGGUCCGUGUGACGAGGACGAGUUUCAAAAGAAGAUAGAUUCCUUGACGGCGCUACAAAGUCACCUUGUGACAUCCAACUUGAAGCGAAGAAAUCGGUUCAUACAAGCUCAUUUACACUCUUUGGGCCUGAAGAAGAGAAGUGUUGGUUUUGAAUUACCGGCUCCUGGAGUUGUAGAUCAAGCUACUGCAUCAGCUCUCAGUUUAGAAAAUAAGUUGGAACACGCUACAGUGUCUAUAUCUACUCAUACGUCUCACCAGCCUAGCAAACCGCUACCAGCACCUAUGUCAGUCACCUCAGCUUCGAUCCCCGAGAGUAAGCUCGAGUAUAAGGAACCCAUUUAUAACAGAACAGAGUCGACGCCCAUGACAGUUAUUACUCAAAUCACUGCAUCUGCUCGAUAUCCUCGCCCAAGAGUAUCUGAUAAUGAGCAGAAAGUGGUUCAAUGUCCUUGUUGUUGUCAGACUUUGCCGGUAUCAGAAGCCAAAAACAACAACCGUUGGAGAAAACACUUGGCAGAAGAUAUACGCCCAUAUACCUGCAUAUUUGAUCGGUGUCCAGCGCCAGACGUGUACUAUAGCAGUAGGUCGAUGCUGGAACAGCACUUUCGACAGGACCAUCCGCCAGUUUGGAUAUGUCCUUUGUGUGAUCAAGGAUCAGUUUAUUCCACCAUGACUGAAAUGAUGGAUCAUCUUCAUAAUACUCAUGCACAAGCCAUUGGGGAGGACAUCUCAUCGAGCAUAUCAUCUUCUGCCCAGACAAGGAUGGGUAUAGAGAGCUGUCCCCUCUGCGAAGUCAAGGGCGAUACCGAUUCUCUAGAGCUGAUAGACCACGUCCUUGAGCAUGUCCACGACUUUUCACUCCGGUCUCUUCCCUGGCCUGAAUCUUCCGAGGUUGAGCUUGGCGGUGAAGUUGGGUCUUUCAACCCGGAGGGUGAUGAGGCUGCUGCUGUCACUCAAUGGUUAGACGGAUAUGAACACGAGAUGGGAUAUGUCGAUCCUACUCUGAAGCUAUCGACUUGUGACUAUGGGAGGUUGGCGAUUAUCGCUGAACAGAUCAAAUCACAGAAAGAAGACAAGCUUGGUCUUGACAUAGGCUUUGCUGACGAGCAUGGUGACGAGUCUGCCGAGGCGGAGACUGAAAUGUCCCAGCUUACUCAAGAUACUCUUGAGUCAGUGGAAGAGCCUAAGGAGGACCGUGAACUGGUCUAUUGCCAUCAAUGCUCUGCUGAAUGGUAUCGAGAUGAGCAUGGAUUGCCGUGCCCCGAGUGUCACAGCGAGGUUGUUGAGAUUUUUCAUCCCAAAACUGAUCAUCCCGAUUUGACCCACCGCACUAAUACUUCUGUCUCACCUGGGCCACGCCCUUCCAGUCCAGAUGCUCAAGGGGCCGUUGAAGACAAUGAACAUGCCAAGGCUGACUCGGCCUCGAAGUCAAGCGCCCGUGAAUCCACGUCCGGCUUUCGACGAAUUGCCAACCGUCUCUUCUCCCGCAAGAAGACGGAUGAUAUCGAGCCCGAAGAGGACCCAAUACUAGCUAAUAUCAUCAGCCAAUUUCCAUCUCUCAGCCCAAGGUCUUAUAGCAUCUUCGUCCAGCUUUAUCAACGCCGCAUAGACACCUUUAUAAAAAAGGAAAAUACGUUCUCAAACUUUGUUAGAGAUGUCCAGGGUGAGGAUGGACGGCUAACUGAUUACCAUGUUUCCAGGCUGGACAUCUUUUUGGCAGCGAUGAUGACUUUGUAUCUGGAUCCACUCAGAGGCCUACCACCAAAAGACCUCGCAAAACCUAUUUCCAACUACUUCAUUAAGAGUAGCCAUCGGACCCUCCUACCUGGAACAUUUGAUAUUUCUCCACUCUCUUCUGAUUCAAUUCGAGAUGCGCUUCUUGCUGGGUAUCGAUACAUAGAUAUCGAUGUUUGGGAUGGUGAUGAGGAUUCCGUGCCUGAUAGACAGAGAGUCAUGAAUGUGUUUGAUCAGAGGCCUAAUGGUGAGGCCGUGUCUACCACGAAGAGAUUCAACCGUCUCUUCAGUCCUGCCAGGGAUAACACUGCACUGAAGCCCGAGGCGUCCAAGAUCACACUCCUCAAGCCACGCCAAUCGAACCUCCGUGUAGAACCAGUCGUUACAGAUGGCUUGAGUUUUGUGUCAGGCUUCAGCUUCAGAGAAGCUUGUGAAGUGAUCAAAGCUUUUGCAUUUUACAAUAACGAUCUACCUGUCAUAGUCAAUAUUUCAGUUCACGCAACCUCUGAUCAGCAAGAGAUGAUGGUUCAAAUCAUGAAGGAAGAGUGGGAUGGUUAUCUGGUUGAUGAGCCACUAGAAGCUUGUGACCCAAGGUUUCGACUACCAAAUUUGGAAGACCUUCGGAACCGCAUACUUGUUACACUAUCAGAAGCCUCAGGCCGUGGUCUCCCCAACCUUGAUAAGCUCGACAAGGUUCGGCGCGGGGAGAGAGAAGAUGAUCAGGGUUAUAUCCCGAUUAUACGGCCGUUGGCCGACCUCGAAAUAUACAUGCGAACAGAGUCGUUUCAAGGCUUCGACACUCCACGGACAAAAGUUCCGUCUCAUGUUUUCUCUCUACAGGAGGAGAGGCUACAGGAAGUCAUCUCUUCCUCACAAACCUACCUUUUCAGUGACAACAAAAAUUACUUCCUUCAUGUCACUCCAAGCCCCGCGAGACAGGACUCUUCAAACCUUGGGCCCUUGCAGUUUUGGCAACAUGGCAUCCAAAUGGCUGCCAUCAACUGGCAUAACGUGGACGAGGGCAUGAUGUUGAAUGAAGGAAUGUUCGCUGAUGAAUCAGGAUGGGUUCUGAAACCCGACGGCUAUCGAAGUUCAGAUAAGAAUACCUUAACUCAUUACGAAGCAGCUUCAAAAGACCUUACCGAGUUAUCUAUCCUUAUUUUUGCAAAGCAGGAAGUCGAGCUGACGAGUAAGGAUCGCGCAAACAGUCAAACCAGAGGCCUCUCAUCAUUGACUAGAGCCACACUACAUCUAGCUGGUGAUAGCCUCGAGUUAUCAGCAGGAUCGCUACUAGUCAAAGAUGAGGACUCCGGUGCCUUGGGCUACGAGCACAAGCUUGAUAUGGACAGCCUAGGACUCCGCAUCAUUCCUAAACUUAGCAUCCUCAGGUGAGCAAGCCUACUGCCUACAUAAAUAAAACUGACAUUAUUAUCCAGGUUAAAAUUUGCGAAUUACUUAUCUGGCGACGAUGUAAUGGCUUGGACCUGUCUCCGGCUGGAUCGUCUAAAUCGAGGAUACCGACUUAUUCCGCUAUAUGACGACGAGGGAGGGCUUUUAAGUAAACAGAAAUUGCUCGUCAAGAUCAACAUCAAAUGGCUCCAAUAAAGACAGCCAAUACGGUUCACUUACAACAAUAUUGGACAUAUAUAGAAUUAGUCUCAGUCCAUAGAAUAAAACAUGGAAACUUGUGCCAAAGACGAAAGACAUAAGCAUAU